AGUAUAAAUCCUAGUGCUAGUAAAAUUAUUACUUUUAACCCAUCACAUUUUCAUGUUACUUUAUCAGCCGACCGACAUUCAACAUAUUUUACCGAUUACAGUAAUAGCCUAUUAUUUGUGAAAACAGGAAUAUUGGUAUCUUCGCAUUUACAUACAUGGUCAGUAGAUGGCAGUAGUCCAUUUAGAAAACGCUACUGGUGUUGGUGAGGAAGCCAAUACGUGCUUUGUGACCCAACAAACAAAAGCGGCGACCAGGAAAAGGAAACUGAGCCGGAUUUGGAAGCAAUUGAAAGGCGAAACGGAACCCAUGCGCGUAACAUUUUGGAAAGAGUGGUGAUGUCAUUUUGAAGCAAUUAUAAGUUCGACCCCGGCUCUUCUCGGACGUUUCCUCCUGCGCGGGGAUCUCAUCCGUCUGGAUGGAGGCCCAGUCAAAGCAACGUGUUUUCACUGGGGUUGUUACCCAGCUGCAAGAUAAUUAUGGGAUGGUUGACCAGGAAGUUCACUUUCAGACAAGUGAUGUGAUUGGUAGGAUUCCUCAGCUGGGGGAGAAGGUUUUGGUCAAGGCGGUGUGGGACCCCUCAGUGUCUGUCAGCUGGACAGCUCAGAGAGUGCAGUCUCUCAACAGCCAGCCGUUCAAAUCCCCCCCUCCGCUCCUGCCCACCAUGACGCCCAGCCAGAAACCUGGAAUUCUGGGAAGCAAGCCACAACCGCUGCUGAAGUCUCCGAAGAUCCCGCCGCUCAUUCCCAGCAUGCAACAGAACCCGCCCAAGCCGGGUUUGCUGCAGACUCCGUCCCACCUCCAGGCCCCCUGGGGGGCUCAGUUUGACGCGUGGGGAAACAGGAAGAGACACGGCGAGGGCAUGGGGGGUCGGAGGGGGGGACGGUGGGAGGAUGGCGGCUCCUGGGGUGGUGACGCAGUGCACCAGAAGAGGAGGAGGUGGAGGGGGUCGUUUGAAGAGGGGGAGAAGAAGAGUAGCCCCACACCCCCGCAGAACUGCCCCCUGUUCUCCCGCUUCCCCAGGGACAGCUCGGCGUGUGACAGUCUGGAGGUGCAGCGGCGGUACCCCCACCUGCCCCUCCCCGAGAACUUCCUCCACCUGCAGCUGAGCUGGACGGAGAGCUUCCCUCCGGACCAGCCGCUGAACCUCUCUGGGCCCUGCCCCUUCCACCUGGGGCCCGCCCAGUCUCCCCCCGAAACCUCGGCCGCCGCCAGCCCCGGCUCCGCCUACUCGGCCAAGGUGAUGCUGCUCUCUGUUCCCGCCGCAGAGGAGCUGUAUCAGCGCUGCUGCGGCCUGACGCAGGACCAGCAGGAGCCACAAGGGGGUGCUGUGCACCCGACAACACUCAUAAAGUUCCUGCUGGCCCUGAAGGGGUCCGAGCUGCAGCUGCUGGGGGGGCGCUGGUGUCCCCUGGAGGACGGGUCCAACCCAGCCAAGGACCCGCUGGUUCUGAUCCGCACGGCCGUACGCUGCGUCAAGGAGCAGACCGGGCUGGACCUCAGCCACUGCUCCCACUGGUACAAGAUGGCGGAGGUGCGUUACCUGUGUGGGGGGGAGGUGGAGACGGCGGUGUUCUACCUGCCCGAUGUUUGGCGCACUCUUCCCACCGAGGAGGAGUGGGCGGAGCUGAGGGCCAGCGCUAAGGAAGAGCAGGAGGAUGGUGCACUGCCCUUGCCAGAGGACCCGUCCCUUGUGGUGUACCCCUGUCCCGGGACCAGCCUGUCCUCCUUAGCUCUCUCCUAUCUGCUGGAGCCUCGAAACUCUCAGUCCCAGGAUGCCUUUGAGGUUGCACUGAGCGCAGAGUUGUUUAGUGAGAUGCUGCAGAGGGAUUUUGGGCUGCAGAUUUACCGCAGUCUGUGCGGCCUGUCCCAUGACCCCGCCCCUCACUGCCCCCCCCGCCCAGAGACUGAAGAGAGGGAGGAGAGCACGCCCACGGGUGCUGAAGGGAAAAAGGGGGAGCGAGACUCCAGGGGGCCGGGGCAGAAGGACGGGAAGAGGAGAAGCCGGAGGGAGAGAGGGAGCACGGGGGACCCCAAAGAAGAGGAGAAGGACGACAAGCACAGAGAAGAGGGGGAUGGGAAUUCGGCGGAGAACAAGGACGGAGAGAGCGAGACCGCAUCGGAGGAGGGGAAGAUGCAGGCGGUGGCAUCUGAUAACUCAGACGGUACAUCAGCCAGAGAAAGUGACCGGCCUGCGGGGUGGAGCCCUGUCCUUCCCCGCAGGGUGUUGUUGUCCUGGGUGUUUUUCGACAGGCAGCUCGUGGGCAGCCUGAGAGGCCAAGACCUGCAGGACAUCCUGCUGUCCCUGGGCCUGCACCUCACCCCCAUGCAGGCGCGAGAGUUGGUCUGCAGGGCUGUGGUGGGUGAGCAGUGUCAGUACAGGAGACUGGCCGGUCGAUGGGAGGACCCUGAACACACAGAGCCCGACUCUACACUGCAGGGAAACAGUGCGCUGAUACCCAGUAACGCCCCCAAGGGCGGGGGGUCGUCCAGGCGAUCUGGCGGGGGCGGCAGCGUCGACGUGGUAACGCACAAAGGGAGCGUGCUCAACAUCCCCAAUCUGCUGCGCUCCCUGGAGAGAGGAGACAGCCAGCGGCAAGGACUGGAGCAGCGCAUCGCCGCCCUGCAGGCCAGGCUCGCGGAGGCGGAGUCAGAGACGGAGUCUCUGCAGAGCAAGUACCAGGAGCUGUCUGCCGUGAGGGAGGGGCAGGAGGACCUGCGGGAGCGGCUGGAGAGGGCGGAGAGACUCAACUCCACCUACGAGAAGAGCCUGAAGGAGAACGCAGGGCACAUGAUCGCCGUCAUCGAGAAGAUGCAGAAGCUGGUGGACAAGACCACCAGUCUCGCAGAAUCAAGAGUAGACGGAGCGGAGAGGGCCUGACCAACUGGUGUCGCAUAGCGACGAUCGUCAGGGCAAUAGUUGUCGGGGCUUGCACCAAAACAGGUCGAACUCAACUGCACUGAAGUGAGACGGCGAGCAGGGAACACUGGGAUAUAGCCACACCAGCCUACAUUCAGACACGUACUGAUGAGCACUGAGACAUAUUCGCAUGCACGCCCACACAAAUAGACACACCUUCCAUUACAGACACACCCAGCUGCACUGAUGUGUGGAGAGGCAUUGACUCAUACACCCUUGCUUACAAUAAUACUGAACUACACGUGCACACAGACACACACACACACACACAUGCACAUGCACACACACUCACCAGUGCCUACAGACAGAACCAGAUGCAUCCAAUUUUAUAAACAAAAUAAAAUCUGAAAAUAAAAACAAAGAUGAUAUGAGCUGAUGCCAUCACAGUGGAAAAAAAAAAAA